GGAAAAUAAAGAUGUCGCUAGCAAGCUUUCUACCAGCGCCUACGCAGCUGUCCCAGGAUCAGCUGGAGGCAGAGGAGAAGGCCCGAGCUCAGAGGUCCCGAUCGACAGCACUGGUGUCUUCACGCAGAGAGCCGCCCCCAUAUGGCUUCAGAAAGUCUUGGGUGCCGCGGACCCUGGAGGACUUUGGGGAUGGAGGUGCUUUCCCAGAGAUCCAUGUGGCCCAAUUCCCCCUGGACAUGGGCAGGAAGAAGAAGACCUCCAAUGCUCUGGCAGUUCAAGUGGAUUCAGAGGGGAAGAUCAAAUAUGAUGCUAUUGCUCGGCAAGGCCAGGGGAAGGACAAGAUCAUUUACAGCAAGUACACAGAUCUGCUUCCAAAAGAAGUCUUGAAUGAAGAUGACCCAGAACUUCAGAAGCCAGAUGAAGACGCAGUCAAAGAGCUGACAGAGAAGACUCGAGCAGCGCUUGACAAGCAGGUCUCCCAGAAGAUAGCUGCCGCCAUGCCUGUGCGCGCUGCAGAUAAGCAGGCUCCAGCGCAGUACAUCAGGUACACACCAUCACAGCAGGGAGUUGCAUUUAACUCGGGCGCCAAGCAGAGGGUUAUUCGGAUGGUGGAGAUGCAGAAGGACCCCAUGGAACCACCACGUUUCAAGAUCAACAAGAAGAUUCCUCGUGGACCUCCCUCCCCCCCUGCGCCUGUAAUGCAUUCCCCGAGCAGAAAGAUGACUGUGAAGGAACAACAGGAAUGGAAGAUUCCACCAUGUAUUUCAAAUUGGAAAAACGCUAAGGGGUACACGAUCCCUCUAGAUAAGCGUUUAGCUGCUGAUGGGCGGGGGUUACAAACAGUUCACAUCAACGAAAACUUUGCCAAGCUGGCCGAAGCCCUCUACAUUGCAGACAGAAAGGCUCGAGAAGCAGUGGAGAUGCGUGCACAGGUGGAGAAGAAGAUGGCGCAGAAAGAAAAGGAGAAAAAAGAAGAGAAGCUCAGAGAGCUGGCUCAGAUGGCCCGAGAUCGCAGAGCUGGCAUCAAAGGCCAUGGGGAUAAAGGUGCGGAGGACGGAGAGGCGAGAGAGCGUGACGAGAUUCGUCAUGACAGAAGGAGAGAGAGACAACAUGACCGGAACAUAUCCAGAGCUGCCCCCGAUAAGAGGUCAAAGCUGCAGAGAGAUCAGGACAGAGACAUCAGCGAGCUCAUCGCACUGGGUCAGCCCAAUCCACGGCCCUCCAGCGAAGCGCAGUACGACCAGCGCCUUUUCAACCAGAGCAAGGGCAUGGACAGCGGUUUUGCCGGUGGAGAGGAUGAGAUCUACAACGUGUAUGACCAGCCCUUCAGGAGCGGCAGAGACAUGGCCCAGAACAUCUACAGGCCCAGCAAGAAUGCAGACAAAGACAUGUAUGGGGAUGAUCUGGACACACUCAUGCAAAGCAACAGGUUCGUACCCGACCGAGAAUUCUCUGGAGCGGACCACAGCUCCCGUAGAGAUGGUCCAGUUCAGUUUGAGGAAGAUCCCUUCGGUCUGGAUAAGUUCUUGGAGGAGGCUAAGCAGCAUGGUGGAUCCAAAAGGCCAUCCACCAGCGGGCGCUCAAAGGAUUACGACCACGACAAAAAACGCAGAAAGGAGUAGAGUGUUUGUGAUUUUCACACCUUUUCUACCAAGGGGGUGGGGUCUAAAACAGUGUAGGUGAUCGUUGUCUUUUAACACGUACUCAGAUUUUAUACACAGGAAACACCGUGAACUUGAAUUCUUUUUUUUAUUGGCUAAUUUUGCUUUGUAAUGAAUUGGUGUUUACAUGCUGUCAGUGUACUGGAUGUAAAUGCAGUUAUAAGUAUACCCCUGUGUUGCAUUGUCAGCAAAAUAAAACACCUGUCAAAUAUGUCAUUCCUGUAGUUAAGCUCCCUUUAAGUCAAGCACCAUGAAAAUGACCAGAGUUUUGUUCCUGCUUUUUCUUUCUUGAGUAGAAAGGCAAUAAACCUGUAUACCAAGGUAGAUUAUAUUUACAAAUAUUUUAUGUACAGUAUCACAAUAAAUAUGUUGCAUAUGUGGAAAAACAUUAAAAUGAGGGCUUUAUUC